AUGGUGAACAUAACGGAAAAGAUCAAGGAGAUCGAGGAUGAGAUGCGUCGAACGCAGAAGAAUAAGGCGACAGAAUACCAUUUGGGUCUAUUGAAAGGAAAGCUUGCCCGUCUAAGAGCCCAGCUUCUGGAGCCAGUGGGAGGUGCUGGCUCUGGCGGCGGCGCAGGAUUUGAUGUCAGCAAGAGCGGCGAUGCACGAGUGGCUCUUGUUGGCUUUCCCUCUGUCGGAAAGUCUACGUUCCUGUCUAAAAUCACCAAGACCAAGAGCGAGGCUGCAGCCUACUCUUUCACCACGCUGACGGCUAUUCCCGGAGUGCUGGAGUAUGGUGGUGCUGAGAUUCAAAUCUUGGAUUUGCCGGGUAUCAUCGAAGGUGCCUCCGAGGGCAAAGGCCGUGGUCGGCAGGUUAUUUCGGCCGCAAAGACAAGUGAUUUGAUCUUGAUGGUUUUGGACGCCACAAAACGUGCCGAACAGCGAGCCUUGCUUGAGGCUGAGCUGGAUGCUGUGGGCAUUCGAUUGAACAAGGACCCGCCCAAUAUCUACUUGAAAAUCAAGAAGGCCGGUGGCAUGAAGAUCUCUUUUGCGACUCCUCCGAAGAAUUUGGAUGAAAAGAUGGUCUACAACGUGCUCCGGGAUUACAAAAUUCUUAACUGCGAAGUACUCGUGCGAGAUGAGAAUGCUACAAUCGACGACUUCAUCGAUGUGAUUAUGAAGGACCACCGGAAGUACAUCCGCUGCCUUUACGUCUACAACAAGGUCGACAGCAUCGGUCUCGAAUUCCUUGACGCCCUCGCCCGCGAGCCUUACACAGCCGUCAUGAGUUGUGAACUUGACCUCGGCGUGCAAGACGUAGUCGAACGCAUCUGGAAAGAACUGAGACUAAUGCGGCUUUACACGAAACGGUAUGAGAUAUCCAUGACUUUUAGUUUCAUUGACAUGUCUGACGAUUAUCGUAUUUAUAGAAAGGGAGAGGAUCCUAAGUUCGAUGAGGCGCUCAUCGUACGCCAGGACUCCACCAUUGAGGAUGUUUGUGACCAGAUUCAUCGCACAAUCAAGGACACAUUCAAGUAUGCGAUGGUCUGGGGAGCGAGCGCGAGACAUGUUCCGCAGCGGGUAGGAUUGGCGCAUAUGGUUGCUGAUGAGGAUGUGGUAUCCAUAGUGGCCAAGUAG